AGUGGAGGCUACCCUUUACUGAGUUGUCCACGGCCAUCACGAAUCAGUCGCUGUGAAAAUUUCAACAAUUCGUGGUCGUGGGAAUCAAUGGCCGGAAAAUCUUCUUAAAAGAGUUUCCAACUAGUUAAGGGCUGAAAUUGUUCUUUUGCAAAUUUCCAUUUUCCUUUCUUUUCCGACAACCCCUGGCUAAGUGACGUGUUCGGAGCGUUCGAAUGUGAAUUGAGUGGCUGAAAUUGCAAUAGUUCAGCGAAUCGUAGUCGAAACGGACAAAGCUUUCUACCAUUUCGAUUUUUCACCAAACCGUUUGCCAACUUACCCCCAGUUCCACUGGAACAUUCUUACGGGAGUGAAUCAAUACCAAAAGUGAAUUUGAAAUCCAGAAAAAACUAUAAAAGGACGACAGCAACCCAAAGGAUCUGAGGAAACAUCGACAUUUUGCGUACUUGAGUAGAAGGGGACCGGAGCCGAGCAGCACAGGGAGCGUGAACGAGACAGGGAGUGCACCUUUUCCCAUAUAAAAAAUGGCCACAGAUCCCACAACAGGUAGUGCGCCAGCAGGCGGCGGAGGCUCAGAUGAAAUUGUAGGAGGACCACGAAAUCCACAACAAAUUGCCGCACAGAAGAGGUUACAACAAACACAAGCUCAAGUGGAUGAGGUUGUGGAUAUUAUGAAAACAAAUGUAGAAAAGGUGCUGGAAAGAGAUCAGAAAUUAUCAGAACUAGACGAUCGAGCCGAUGCCUUACAACAAGGAGCUUCACAAUUUGAACAACAGGCUGGAAAAUUGAAAAGGAAAUUCUGGUUACAAAACUUAAAGAUGAUGAUAAUAAUGGGUGUUAUCGGGUUGGUAAUACUUGCUAUAAUCGUAGCUAAAUUCAUGCCAGCAGAUAAUCCACAACCACAAAUUAUGAUGGCUCCACCACAGCAAGUGGUUCCCCAACAAGCACCCGCAGGCAAUCCAGCCCCAGCAGCUCCAGCCGCAUUUGUCCAAGCUGCUUUCGAUACUGGAAAAUUUAUAGCAUAAACUCAAAAUAACUAAAGAAAACUAAACAGCGAAUGUUGAAAAAAAUUAUAUUCUUUUCUGUUUUUUAUUCAUAACAGGAAAAAUGUUGAUUUAUUUUUAAUAAGACCGAGAAAGGAAAACCAUAAUAAAAAAAUGAAUGUUUUAAAAUAAUUAGAGUACAUCAAAUCUUUCUUCUGGAAUGUGUGUAUCUCUACCAUAAAUUUGUGGAGCAGUAGAAAAAUAAUUCGAAUUUCAAAUUUUACAAUUUUUAAUAAUUUCCCGCAGGCUAACGUCUUGAGGCUUCCUUUAUGGAGCAACACCUAAUUUGAUAACUAUCCUAGACUCUUAAAAAGGAGCUAUUUUCACGUCUGAGAGAAUCUUAGAAGAAUUUCAAAGAAACGAAGUUAAGUUUGCGAAAUAUAUAAUUAUUUAUUGAUAGCGGACUUCGUGAUGCCUAUAUACAUGUAUUAAUUCUAUUGUUCAAAAACAUGCAAGGCCCUAUUCCAACAAAUAAGGACGUCAUUAACUAUUAAUAAUAUUUUUUGUGAUUAAUAACAAGUGUAAUUCAUAAAACAUGUUUGUAGAUAGCUAAAGAAUCUUUUGGAUUUAUUUUCAGAGACGAGAUAAUAUAAUAUACACCUAAGUAGAGUUGCACUUCUGUUCUUGCUGAUUAUUAAUGCAGUACAAAAUCGUCAAGAUAUAAGUUUUCAGCUUAAACAAUUUUUGAGUUCUUUUUCUUUGAUAUUAAAGUUUAACGUUUCCUGGCUUGACCCAAACUUUAUUUGGCUGAACUAUUUCUGCAGACCUUCCUUCAAAAUUUUUGAGCAUGGUGAAAACAAUAUAUUACUUGACGAUUUAUUCUCACAAGUAUUAGCUUCUUAUCAAAUAUAGAUUGAAUUUCAAAUGAGCGGAGCGAUUGUAUCUAUCAUAUUUACCAAAGUAGGGAACUAGCAAUGAAAUAGAAGGAAAUAGUACCGCGUUUCCACGUAUGCAUCAACUGAUAAUAGCGACUCAACUGAACUAACUGAAAUGCAAACAAACAAUUCGUGAAUAAUUUAUUAUUAAGUUAUAUUUUAACAUUUUAUUUGAUAAGAACAUUCAACGAUUAUUAUGAAUAAUAAAAAUGAUAUUAAUAUUAGUGAAUGUCAAUAUAACAUAAAUAUAUACAAUAUUUAUACUAUUCAGACUAUUACUAAUAAUAGUAAAAAGUAUGAUUUGAAAAAUUAUUAACUUUCAAGCUUGGAUUCUCAAACCAAAAACUUUAGGGAAAUUUCAAAUAAUCAACUAUAAAAAAUUAUAUGAAACUCAUCAACAAUCUUAAUGUAAAAUUUAAAGAAAUAAUGUAUUGAAUAUUUGAAACACAUUUGAAACAACAUCAGAAGUAUAAAGAAUAAAAACGAAGGAAUGAAAUAAUAAUAAAUAUUUGAGUUUUGUUAUUGUUGAUUGUUUAACUCAAAUAGAAAAUGUAUUAAGCUUAUUAACUACUCAAAGUUAUUUGGAAUAUAUACCUAACUGGAAGUAAAGUUAUAUAAGUACAAUAAAAUGAUGUGUAAGUAUUCACUAAACUUAAAGGAUAAACUUUGGAGUAAUCACUAGAAUCGAAAUGGAGCACACGAUAAUAAUGAAUACAGAAAAAAAUCAAAUAAUGGUUUCGGUUCCAUUCAUUUUCUAAUACACGAACACCAAAAGACAAAGCAACUCAUUACGACUAUUUCAAACGAGCAUGCUAAGAGGACGGCUUCCAUAUUAAAAGUGAAUUUAUUUCUUCAAGAUUGAGCUUAAAUUCUUUCCCUGUUCGACGGAACUUGAAGCACUUGGAAAAUUCAAUACUCUGAUUUUCGGGCAAGGCCUGCUAUAUAUAUAAAAUGAAAUCUAUUGAAAUUAUUUAAAAUUAUAGAAAUAUAAUUCCCAAUUCCACACGGAAUCAGAGCAACAAAUUUUCGAAAAAAAAUCAUAAUACCAACUUAUAUGAGGAAAAUUAUGUAUUAAAUGUAUAGAAAGUAUAAAUUUUACUAUAUACACAAACAAAGGAUGUAAUUACCAAGAUUUGAAAUAAUAAAAAUAUAAUUUAUGAAAUAUUAGUAAUGAAAGAGUCGUUAUAAUUUUAUUACUAUGUUUUUCAUUGAUUAUCAUUACACUAAUUAUUAUCAGAAAAGUGUAUCCAAGACAAACAAAUACUUGAUUAUUAAUAAUAAUAUUAUAAUAUAAAGAUAAUAAAAAUUGAUGAAUAAAGAAUAAUACAUUUGAAAUUACAUAAAUCAUAUACUGAUUGUGUCUAAAGCAACUCGAAUAGGAGAAUCGUUAACCAGAAGUAAUAUAUGGUAUUGUAUAUAAAGUACAUUCUAUAUGCGAGAAACAUAUAGAUGAUAAUAAAUGAAUAAACCAAAUACAUAUUGCA